AUGGUAUCGUUACUCAGAUCCAAAUGGCUCUCACGAAACCACGAGGCGGCUUCAGACAAUGGCAUAACGCAGAUAACAACACCACAUUCAGCAGAAGCCCAUGAUUCCAUUUCUGAAAAUGAGAAGAGCCCUCAAUUUCAGCAAAGCACCGAUCUCACAGCAAGAGUAGCAAUCCCCAAGAGUGCCAAAUCUCAUCAAUGGGAUCCAAAUCUGGCACAAAGUGAAAUCGAAAUCCUCAACAAUGCGGAGACCGGUGACCUUGAUGCGAUCGAGAGAACAAAAAUUGUGUUUGCCGAAGAAUCGCCUUACAAGGAAAUCCGUGCUGCUGUGACGGUGAUAGAUAGUGGUGGAGUUGCGAAUACCCUUCGAGCGUGGAUUUUAGGUAUGCUUUUUGUGACGGUUGGUAGUGGUUUAAACAUGUUUCUAAGCCUGAGGUUUGUUUCUUGACUAUCUAGGCUAGCAAAAAGAUACUGAUGAAGAUUCAGGAGUCCUGCCAUUUCGUUUCCGGCUGUCGUGGUGCAAUUGUAAAACUUCUUAUUCUUCUCAUAGAAUCCAGGCUGAUUACAACUUAGGCUUGUUUUCCCAAUUGGCUGCUUUUGGGCAAAGGUUGUUCCUACCAGAGUCUUUAACACUUUUGGUGUUCGGUGGACAUUCAACACUGGUCCAUUUACAAUUAAGGAACAUGCAGUCAUCACCGUAAGAGCGACUAUCCAGCUUAUAUUCUCUUCAACACGAUAUCGCUAACUUAUAUUGAUAGCUCAUGUCCAAGUAAGAGAUCUUUUAGAGACAGAUCUUCGAAAGUGACAUUCUCUGGCUAACAAAAUACUAGCGUAUCUAUAGGUUAUGCCUACUCAACCGAUGCAUUGCUAGCUCUGAAGGGAAAACGUGAGUUAAAUGCAUCGUCCUUGCUGAAUUACUGAAGUUGACAACGACAGCGUACUAUAACCUCGAUAUGGGAUGGGUGUUUCAACUACUCUUCACUAUCAGCAGUCAAAUUACUGGAAUUGCCAUCUCUGGCAUACUUCGUCGGUUUGUCAUCUGGUAUGUCACUGGAAGUGAUGCGUAGUUUUCAUGAUGUUCUGCUAAUGUUAAUAGGCCAUCUUCAAUGAUAUGGCCUGGUGUGCUCUCGAGUACCUCGUUGUUCUUCGCACUUCAUGACAGGUCUAAGUCAGAUUCAUCGAAGUCAAAUGGCUGGGUUCUUUCAAGAUAUCGUUGGUUUGUCUAUGUCACUUUGGCGUCUUUCGCCUGGUACUGGUGAGUUACUUCUCGAUCUUCCUACCAAAAAAAUCUACUUAUUCAGUUUAGGAUACCAGGAGUAUUAUUCCAGGGACUGUCAGUCUUUGCUUUCAUAUCUUGUACGUCUUACAGUGCCACCCACAUUGAUCAAACUAACAGAUGUAGGGAUAAAACCUAAUGAUGUCGUCCUUAAUCAACUGUUCGGUGGUUUCACUGGAUUAUCACUCAUCCCAAUUACCUUUGACUGGACGUAAGACUCCAUAUAUCAUUCCGGUUAUUAUCUCUUCUCUGACUCGUAGCACUAGAUACGUCAGCGGAUAUCUUGGAAAUCCCCUUCUCGCUCCAGCCCAUGCGCAUCUCAAUACCCUCAUCGGUCUUGUCGUUUUUGUAAUUCUUUCUGCCAUCGGAAUUUCGUACACCGGAUCUCUGUGAGUGGCUAUCCCAAUUUCUCUUCUGCUUUCGGAGUAUCAAAUCUUAUAUAGAGAAAUUCAGCUACGCAGAAUACCUCCCCAUCAACACUUCAUCUCUAUUCGAUAAUACCCAAUCUUUCUACAACGUUACCAAGAUUCUCACACCGCAUCACACCCUAGAUGUCCAAAAAUACAAAAAAUACUCGCCCGUGUUUCUUGCCCCCACAUUCGCGUUGAAUUAUGGACUUUCGUUCGCUGCACUUACCGCGGCAAUUAUCCACACGAUAAUUUUCCAUGGCAGUGAGGUCUGGUAUCGUUUCCGAGCAGCUAGAGACCAGGAGCCUGAUGUCCACAUGAAAGCAAUGAAGAAAUAUAAGGAGUGCCCGGAUUGGUGGUAUCUCGUGUUGUUGGUGAUUGCUAUCGCACUUGGUUUGGCGACGGUCUUGGGUUAUGAUUCUCAGAUGCCCUGUAAGAUCCCUCUUCGCUUAAUUGGACUAUGAAGUGGCUAAUAUGGGUAUAGGGUGGGCAUAUUUGUUCUCUAUCAUGCUGGCUAUGGUGUUUGUCGUAGGUUUUCUUGAUGGAAACCGCGGCUAGAAAUGUGUUAAUGACGUGAAUGCAGAUACCGUGUUGUAUGAUUUUGGCUACGACUAAUAUCUCACUCGGUAUGCUUUCGUUCCACGUCACGAACAUGAUUUACUGAUACUUGAACUAGCACUUAAUGUCCUCUCGCCCUUCCUGGCUGGUUUUGUCAUUCCCGGGAACCCCAUCGGUGUCAUGAUAUUCAAGGUAUUCAGUACUAUCACCCUAGGUCAAGCGUAAGCACAUGAAACUUCCUGACUUUUGACCAAGAUGUUCUAACACUCAUCCAGACAAACCUAUAGCGGAGACCUGAAAGUAAAGAUGUUCUCAAAGGUCUUAGGUCUGAGUUUUGGCUGACCAUAUCUAGAUGGCACAUUAUAUGAAAAUCCCGCCCCGUACAACGUUCUCCUGCCAAGUCGUCGCAACCAUAUGGGCCUGCUUUGUCCAAAUCGCGGUAAUGAACUGGGCACUGGCAAACAUAAAAGACAUUUGCACGCCGUUCGUCUCCUCGCCCUUCUCCAUUUAUUUUCAUUUCACUCUCCGUUCUAACAAAAUAAUAGAGGUCAAUCUGCGCACUACACCUGCCCUAAUGGAAAGACUUUCUUCUCAUCUAGCAUAGUAUGGGGUCUCAUCGGACCACAACGUAUGUUCGGCCCUGGAUCAAUCUACUCUGCAAUACAAUACUACUGGCUUCUCGGCGCCCUCUUGCCGGUAAUGUUCUACGCACUGAUCCGUGCAUUCCCCCGCUCUCCAGCACGUUUACUGAACGCGCCGGUAAUGCUUGGAGCAAUGGGUUGGUUACCGCCGUACGUGACCCUCCUCUACCCCUUCUCUUCAACCCAUACUCCCCCUCGAGUCCUAGCCCCCAAAUCCCCUUCAAAGUAACAUGCAAUACUAACAAUAUAUAGCGCAACGCCCCUAUCCUUCUCAACGUGGGCUGCCGCCGGUCUAACAUUCAACUACUGGAUUCGAGGGAAGUUCCCCGGCUGGUGGCACUACUAUAACUACAUCACAGCCGCGGGACUAGAUACAGGUCUUGUGCUAUCGACGAUUAUCAUUUUCUUCGCGAUUGUGCUGCCGAAUGUGACGACGCCGCAGUGGUGGGGAAAUGUAGGGGUCUAUGAGACGACGGUAUGUUUUCAAAAUCCUAAAGAAAGACAAGCAAGGGAAUUUUAGUAUCGGCCCAGGAACUGAUUUUUGGUAUAGGAUUAUUUGUACACUGCUAUUAGGAAGACUCUUGGGGAGGAUGAGAAGUUUGGGCCUGCGGCUUGGUAG